AACCAGACCAAUGACAGACCAGAGACUGUUCAGAAUAAAGAAAGUCUCAGACUGUUCUGUAACUGAAGUGUGCUCAGUCCUCCUCUCUGUGAAGUCACAACAUGAAGGGAUUUGGAACUGUCCUCGUGCUCUCCUAUCUACUCUGUGUCAAAGCACUAAUUAUGCAUGAGAAUAUCUAUAUCCUCGGGUGCUCUGAUACAGAUGCAGAACAUAUGUAUGGACUAGAUGGUGAAGUGAUGGAGUACGCAGACUUCAUCAAGCAGGAGGCUGUGAACGCACUGCCUCCGUUUGCUGACCCCUUCUCUUACUCUGGACUUUAUGAAAAUGCUCAGGCAGCUCGAGAGAUCUGCAGAGCAAACCUAGCCACAUUCAUAAAAGCUUAUAAAAACCCUGCAACUACAUUAGACGCCCCCCACAGCACCAUCUACACCAGGGACGAUGAGGAGCUGGGGGUGGAGAACACUCUCAUCUGUCACGUGACUGGGUUCUUCCCUGCCCCUGUGACAGUCUGGUGGACCAGGAACGGUGAGAACGUGACAGAGGGAGUCAGUAUCAGCCUUCCCUACGCCAACAAAGACUUCACCUAUAACCAGAUCUCCAGGCUGACCUUCACCCCUGGGGAGGGAGACAUCUACAGCUGCAGUGUGCAGCACAUGUCCCUCACUGAGCCUCUGACACGGAUGUGGGAUGUGGAGGUGAGUGUGCCCAGUGUGGGUCCUGCUGUGUUCUGUGGCGUGGGCCUGACAGUGGGACUGCUGGGAGUGGCUGCUGGAACAUUCUUCCUCAUCAAAGGAAAUGAGUGUAACUGAGACCACAUGACAAUAUGAUAAGAGUGGAGAUAAUCAGUUCUUUCACCUCAAGACGUGUGUGUGUGAGUGUGUGUGGGGGGGGGGCAUUACAUAUGUUUUUGGGUAAUCAUAAUUACUUAGACAUGAAUAAUGAAAGACGUCAUUAUGAUGACGUCUGUCGUAAAUGGUCUCAUUGUUAGGCACUACUGUAUUUGUUCUGGAUUCUAAUGGGCUGCAGUUUGUCAAUAAUAAUUGCUUCUAAAUCAAUUUAUUUUCCUAUUCUUUACUAUUAUGUGCUUUACUGUAAAAACAGUGCUUAACUUAAGAUUGUAUUGCUCUUAAUAGAAAAACAAUAUAUUCUUCAAUAGCAGUUUAAUCGUGUUAAUUAUAACAAAUAAAAAAUGCUUCGUAAUUGAA